CUGAGUUUUAAUCUGUGUACUUUUGCAGUUGUAAUGUGAUUCAGGUUCAGAGUGUUUGUGAUUUACUAGUAAUACAUUAUUUGCUACAUUAUUAAUAAUACAUAAAUUUGUGUUUCUUUGAAUAAGGAUAUCCAAUGUUAAGAUGAGAUCUGCAAGAGGAUUAUAUUGGCUGUUACCUGUGUUAUUGUGUCUUAUAUCAUCUGAAGCAGUACAAGAUGGAAAUAAGUUUGAAGCAGGGGAAAUUCAAAGAGAAAUAGACAAUGAGAUAGCAAAAUAUUUGGAAGACGUGAAAAAAGUUCUUCACAAGGACGAGAAACGGAAAUUGAUGAAGAGAAGUACAUCAGCAAGCGGGAUCAACCUCUCAAAAUUGGAAGAGGCUCCAAGAUUCUCGUCCAUUGAAAGGCUCUAUGAACUCCCGGACCCUUUUGCUGUGGAUGCUGUUCUAUUUUGCUUGCCAGCUGAGAAAGAUGGAGAUGAAAAGUGUUUCGCGGCCUCUCUUCUCACGUCGGACGCUGAGAAUGUUGAUCAACUUGUUCUCUAUACGCUGAAUGGAGAUAAAUUCUUGAUAUCUGAUAGAACAGAGGUGAAGAACGGUCGAAGCUUGGCCACUCACAACAUUGGCGGUGUCCAGUACAUUGUUGUGGCCGAGAAUCGCCUCGUCGAUGCGAAUGAAACAGUCAGCGAUCUGUAUGUGUCGCCGGUGUAUGCUGUCGACAACCAGACGGGCCGUCUGCGACGUCUGCAUUAUCUGGGUGAUGGCCAUCUCACCGAUGCUAUCAUCUGGGAACAGAAAGGCACCGACAAUGUAUUCUUGGCUACAGCUUCUGCAGCCAUUGAAGGAAGCCAGCCUGGAGACGUGAGCCAUGUCUACAGGUGGAUGGGUAACCAUUUUGACAUGACACACAUCGUCGCCACCAGCAAUGCCUCCCGGAUCACCCACUUCACGAUUGGCGGAAACAUGUUUCUUGCUGUAGCCAAUGCUGGCACCGAUGCGGCAAACAUGUUUUCUGCUGUCUACAUGUACAAUUUGCAUGAGGAGAGGUUUGUUCUGCACCAGAAACUACCAACGCACAGUGCCACCGACAUCAAAUCGUUCACUCUACACUUGGCUGAAGGCAGUGAGACAUUUCUGGCAGUAACCAGCAGAGGUCACAACAAUCACCCUUCUGUUAUUAUCUACAAACUGUUGCCCGAUUCCUACCACUUUGUGCCGAUGCAGUUACUGCCGUUAGAGGAUAUAGAAGGCACAGAGGGCAGAGAUGACAUAAAGGGCACAGAAGGCAUGAAGGGCACAGAAGGCACAAAGGGCAUAGAAGAAGGUGCCGAGCUGUUGUUACCAGUGGUGCAUGAGGAUGCUAGCGGGGUCCUCGCCUCGGUUCUGCUUGUUGCAAGCCGCAAGUGGGGUGUCAAGGUGUACCAGUAUGACGGCUGGAGGUUCGUUCUGUCAGAGACACAGCUGAAUCAACAGGAAUUCGGGCCCGGGGUCAGUUCGAUGCGGCUGUUUCGCUUCAAAGGCAGAAACGUCGUCACCCUUGUCAACAAACGGUCCGUCAGCCUCGUGUUUAGUGUCAAAUGGAAAGUGAAUGACGUCAUGAAAGCGCUCCAAUCACACCUGGAGUCCUGGUGCGACCAAGUGCUCAAAGAAGAAGAAGACCUCGAAACUGCCAGCAACAAUUUACUCCGCGAAGCACAGUGGGCCCCCAAACUGAACGAAUCCUUCGAAACUGGAGGCUGCCUGAUUUUCGACAACCCCAACACUCUAAUCAGAACUGUAGAGAUCACUAACGAUGUCACGAAACCAGACAACGAGGCCGUGAGAAGGAAAUUCGAGGAAGUGAAACAGGAUGUCAGGGAAACUGAAGAAGCCUUGAAAGGAAUCACCAAAGAAUUAAUUUUCGAGGAACCAGUAGUCUUGGAAUCGGCCGACUUUAAGUGUCUCCACGGUUGUGUGUUCUUGAAUUUGGAAAUUGGAACCCUGAACGGUGAAAAUUUCUCAACAUUCCUCGAUAACUCCCACGGACUCAGUGGGAAACACGUUGAUAAAAUCGAAUUUGAGACUCUUAACGUAACCUCACUCAAAACGGUUGACAAAAUUAACGGACGUCCUAUCAAACAUCUAGUUACAAGUGAUGGUGAUGAAGACUUACGGUUUGAUAUUAAUGUCAACGGGAGAGUAACGUUUAACGGCAAAUUAACUGUUAACGGAGAGAUUGAUGGUGUGAAAUUUGACAACAACACCUUGCUUCUGGAUAGUGGUGUCCAAUUUUUCAACAAUUCUAAACUCAGUGUAGAAUCGUUAAUUGUUGACAAACUCACCGUAAAAAAUCAACAACCACAGUUCAAAUCAACAGAAAUAGAUAAUGUGAAAGUGGAUAGCUCGGGAAACAACUUUAUACCAGUUCUUGAUGUGAAGGAUUUGAAACUUGAAGAUAAUAAGAUAUCUGGAGUUGAUUUUGGGGAUUUUGUUGAGAAAACUCUGAAGAAAACUGGUAAUAAGGAGCAGAUUAUUGAAGGAUUCCAUCAUUAUAAAGUGUUGAUAGCUGAUGAAAUUGAGGCCCCCAAUUAUAAACCCAUGUAUAAAAGUGGUGUAGAGCUUCAAGAUAACAAGGUUGGGGAUAAAAUUGUUGAGAAUGGUAAGGCUAGAGGUGAUAAGGUUGAAGAUGUGAUAGAAGAUAAGGUUGGAGAUGUUAAGGCUGAAGAUGUGACAAUUGAUCAAACAAAGAGAGGAAAUUAUGAUGUUGAUAAAAAUUCAGAUCCAAAGUUACCCAAAAAAUGUUCAGGAGCUCAGUGUGUUGAAGAACAGUUUAGGAUUGAUGGAAAUUUUGAAAUUGAUGGCAGUCUGGUGAUAGAGAAUGCUACACUGUUUGUGGAAGAUGUCUACCUAGGACAUGAGAACAUUUCGUUGAGUGAUUUGCUGAAAAAUGGGUUGAAACUUGAUGGUGGGAUGAUUAGUGAUGUGGUGUUCCAAGCUCCAAUCUUUGUGCAACAUCUUGAUGUAGAUUCUGUCAACCAUAUCGAUCCCAACAGUUGGAUUGAUGGGUGUGAUCCAGGAAAUCAACCAAUUGUAGUUACUGGUCAUAAAGUGUUUACAGACAGUUUGAAUCUGGAGCAGGGAGGAUCAGUGACGGGGAAAAUCAAUGAAAUCCCUGUUGAUAGGUUGAUGUUUGACACACUGAGGAAAGAUGGUGAUCAAGAUGUUGAAGGGUUUAAGCAUAUUGGGAAAAUCACUGCUAAAGUGAUUGAGAGUGAUUCCUUGGCGUUGAAGAAUGAUGACGUCACAGGGAAAGCUAAGACUCAUUCUGGGGGUGAUCUGGUUGUGAACCACAUGAAGGGUAGGAUGUUGCGAGCGAAAACUAUCAAUGGUAUAGUUUUAGAGGAUGUUAUCAAUGAUACACUGUUCAAAGACAACAAAACGUACGUAGUUGAGAGUAAAACAACGUUCAUAAACGAUUUAAAAACUGAUGAACUGUUCUGUGAUGAUGUGUAUGAGUUGUCCAAUCACACUAAUGAGCGUAGAAUGACUGGAGAUUCGACCCCUGUUCGAAACACUACAGGUUCUGAAAAUUUGAACCUAACUUCCGCAGAUGUUGAAGGGAAACAGCUGAAAGUUGACCGUCUCUAUUUCACAGGAAGCUUGGAUGGAGUCAGUGCUGAAGACUUCGGGAACUGGUUGCUUGUAGAAGGUGAUCAAACUAUCGAAAGCCUUUGUGAAAUCAAAAACAUUGAAGCCAAAAACGGGGUGAAACUGACAACCGGUCUUCUCAACGGUGUAGAUUUAGAUGAGUUUGUCAAAGACAUGAUCAACAUUAAUGAACCAGUUGUGUUGACAUCUGAUGUUGUGUUUGAAGGUGAGGUAGUAGUUGAAAACGGGGUGAAAAUUGAGGGGUUGGUUAACGGGAUUGAGUUCUCCGAGGAAGAGUUAGUUUUGAAAGGUAUGGACCCAGUGGUGUUUGGUGGGGAGAAAGUUUUGGAAGGUGAUUUACAGGCGAAAUCAAUUGAUGUUGAUGCUUUGAAGACGUUCUGCAAAGUUGUAGUUGAGCCUCAAGGUGAUGGUUCACCAUCACAACCUUUCAAGGUUGUCGGGAAUGUGGAGUUUUCCAAGGAACCAACCAUCACGUUCCUGAACGAUCAGAAUGUCUCCGAGCUUUUAGAUUCGUUAUGGUUUAUGGAUGAGGAUAUCGUCAUCGAUCAUGACAUGGUUUUGGGAGAUGUUGAGUUGAAAGGUAACCUAAAUAUGAGCGCUGGAAGUGAGGUGAACGGCAAGAAUUUGACGCGUUUGCGGGAAGGGUACUUCAGUUUGAGCGCUGAUCAGAAGAUAACCAAUGACCUCAUUUUCGACAAGAUCACGGCAGGUGGGUUGAGAGUUGUGGAACGUGUUCAGGCUUAUAAGUUGGUGGCAGGAAUGAACUUUGACGAGUUUGUUGGUAGUGUAAUGCGUCAGAAGCGUCGCCAACGAGUGACGGCCAUCUUGGAUUUCGAGGAUGUGGAGGUGGACGGUGGGCUGAACGCGAAUGCGUCGUGGACGGUCAACGGAUUGGAUUUCAAGAGAGACCUGAUGCGUUGGAAUAACUCAGUUAACAUAGUGCGCGGAAAAACCCGCCUAACCAGUCUGAAGACGCAGUCUCUCGAAGCAAAACCAGGCGUUCUCAUUCAGGGCAUCGAUAUAAGCAAAUGGAAACAAUUGGCUGUUACGGGCAGCGGACGUUUCAACGUUUCUGGUCACAAAACGUUCGAUAGUAACGUCUAUGUUGAUGAGGAUUUGAGAGUUCAUGGACUAGUGAAUGGCAUCAGAUUCGAUCCAGACUCAGUUCUGUUGAGUGAGAGAUAUCAGACAGUGAAUGGCCACUAUCUAUUUUGGCCCGGAAACCGUGUUGGAUGUUGAAGAUAUCAUAUCUAAUAGUCUGGUGGAUGGUGUCAACAUCACAUACUUGCUCGAUCAACAGGUAUGCAAAGACGAUACGAACCACCUGAUAACAGGCAGCAAGACGUUCAGAUCUCGUUUCUCGGUGGCCAACCAAGUAGAGAUGCGACGCCAUUUUGCUGAUAUCGACUUAGUUCAACUCCACAAGCAGCUGAUGAGUCCCUACGAGGGACUAGCCAGGGAUAAUCGGCUCACUGCACUGGCCAGCAUUAGGAGAGACGUGGAACUCAGUCUCGCUACGCGCGCCCACCUGUUCACCGGCUGGGAGAAAGUGACACAGGUUACGGGGAGGGUUAGGUUGGCUUUGCCGCUGGAUGGAAGGAUGGAGCGGGUGGUUUUUGUUGGGAGAUUUAGCGCUGAAGAAGUAAGGAUGCGAUUGUCGCUGAAUUAUUGGGAUGUGCGGGGCAGGAGGUUUGUUGAAACAGAUGAACGAAGAUUCUUUAUGAAGAGACCAAUUGAUGCAACUGUUGUUGAAACUGCCAGCGGUGAGAAUAGACUUUUCACAUUAUUCAAAAGCAGCAAUGCAUCAGUGAGAACCGGAGUGAUAUACAACGUGAGUAGUAACGCAGAUGGCAGUUUAAGCCAUGUCUCAGUUGGCACUUUCGACACCAGUGCUGCCAACCGAAUGCUCUAUCUCACCGACAACUGUUUCCUGUUGUGGGGCCAACAAGUGCCUGAGUGCUACGUCUAUUGCAGUUGGCAACGCGUCUACAGUUUUCAGUGCUCCGAUGUCAAUCAGAUUAUAAGGUUCAAAAACGACAGUUCCGUACUUGUUCUGAUGGCCAAGUCAACUGGAGUUGUAGAAGUUAGAAGUUUUGUUGAGAACCAACUCCAGUAUGUUGCUACAUUGGCAGUCAAUGAGGAACCAGUGCUGCGUAUGGAUGUGAUAAGCCAUCCCAUUACUCAUCAUUCCAUUUUGGUGGCUUGUGGUGAAACGGCUGUCACAUUUAUGAGGUUUGAUCUCAAUUGGCAGAAGAUGGACAGUGCAUCGCUCUCUCUCCAGCAAGCCAGCGCACGCCUACUGGCUCUGCCGACCAAUGAGAUCGUUGCAAUUGUCAUGUCGUCCUGCUCUCCACCAACCACGUACAGGUGGGCGGGGCUAUCUCAACCGCAGGCUACCAACCUUCCCAUUGGCGGAAGCGAAGUGCGACAGGUCUACCAAUUCCAGGAUUCGCAAGGAGCUAACUACACACUGGUCGUUUCUGAUAAGGAAACAGCUGUGCUGAAACCGUUAUACUUUAUUGAUGAUUUUGAGGCAUAGGAGUGGUUUAAAAUGAUUGGAAGUGUCCUUGAAUGACUUUCAAAGUGUACCUGAGUGACUAUGAAAUCGCCUUGAAAUGAUGUUGUUUCUAAUAGAGAAACGGUGAUCAACUUUCAAACUAACAAGUGAUCUUAACUAAACUAACUAACUUCUCAACUGAACUAAACUAACUAACUUCUCAACUUAACCAAACAAAUCAAGUGAUCUUCACUUCCCUUGAAGUUAACGUCCGUUAACUUGACUCCUACGUUAAAUGACGUCAUUAUGGACCUUGGAACAAUUUGGUGAGUUUGAAAUAACGUUGCAUCUUCAAAGUAAUAGAGUUUGCUGAUUAGUGGAAACAGUAGAAUUUUGAAAACUAAAUACCUGAUUGGUUUUACUGUAGUAUCAAAGAAUAUGAUGUUUCUUGUUUUUUAUGUAUCUUGCUUGCCGUGCAAGUAUUUGUUGAAUGUUAUACAUUUUACGUAGAAAAUACUAAUACUAUACAUUUUUGUAUACAAAUUUAGAACGCCAAGUAUUUAGCUCUUGCUAUAUGGUAGCUUUCUUGAAAGUUUGUGAACUUUGUUGCAUUUUUUCUAUGAGAAAUACGUGUAGUUGCUGUACUUUUUUGGUAUUACACUGUAAUAAAAGUUUGUUAUAGUAGAG